AUGGAGAAGAGAAACUUACUAAAAGAUGAAAUAUUUCUUCAACACCCUUAUAUUCUUUCUAUUAUUAUAAUUUUGAGUUUUGUUGUGAUGGAUCCUUUUCAUAUGGGUCCAGUAUCGCAACAUGAAUUUAAACCAGUGAAACACGACAUCGCACCGUAUAAAAAAGUCAUGGAAAAUUGGCCUAGGGAUAACAUGAGUAGGCUAGGAAUUCAUGGAAAAUUAGAAUUUGAAAAUCAAGUAUUUGGACCAGAAUCACUCGAGUUUGAUAACAUGGGUCGUGGCCCUUACACCGGUUUAGCUGAUGGCCGCGUUGUUCGAUGGAUGGGGGAAGAACAUGGUUGGGAAACAUUUGCCAUUGUUACGUCCAAUUGGACUGAAAAAAUUUGCAUGAGAGGAAAUGAUUCAACGACAUCAAAGCAAUGGAAGCAUGAGAAAACAUGUGGGCGUCCCCUUGGUUUGAGAUUUGACCAAAAGAGUGGAUAUUUAUAUAUAGCAGAUGCAUAUUAUGGUCUUCUUAUGGUUGGACCAAAUGGAGGGUUAGCUACACCAUUGGCAACCCAUAUUGAAGGGAAGCCUAUUCUUUUUGCAAAUGACCUUGAUAUUCAUAAGAAUGGAUCCAUCUUCUUCACAGACACCAGCAAAAGAUACAAUCGAGUUGCACACUUUUUUAUAUUAUUGGAAGGAGAAGCAACAGGUAGGCUUCUAAGAUAUGAUCCUUCAACCAAAACAACCUCAGUUGUCCUAGAUGGUCUUGCUUUUCCUAAUGGAGUGCAAAUUUCUAAAGAUCAAUCAUUUCUCAUAUUUACUGAAACCACUAAUUGCAGGCUAAUGAAGCUUUGGAUAGAAGGUUCUAAAUCUGGAUUGGUGGAACAUGUAGCCGACCUUCCAGGAUUUCCAGACAAUGUAAGAAUAAAUGAAAAAGGACAAUUUUGGGUGGCAAUCGAUUGUUGUCGCACUGGCGCUCAAGAAGUUUUGAGCAAUAAUCCAUGGUUGAGGAGUAUUUACUUUCGCUUGCCUAUAAGGAUGAGCAUAUUGGCAAAAGUGAUGGGGAUGAAAAUGUACACUCUAAUUACACUUCUAGAUGAUAAAGGAAAAAUUCUUGAAGUGCUUGAAGAUCGAGAAGGCCAAGUGAUGAAAUUGGUAAGCGAAGUUAAAGAGGAAAAAGGAAAGCUUUGGAUUGGAACGGUAGCUCAUAACUACAUCUCAACCUUACCUUACCCUUAA